GUUGUGAAAUAGAGCGAGAGUGUGCUCACAGAAGCUUUGCGAGGAGGAGGAGGAGGAAUCUCGACGUGGGUGCCGGAUCAGUGCUUGCGCCAUCACCAUUAGCGGUCUUGUUUUUGUUCUUCUUUCGUAAUCCUCAGUCGGCACCACAACCCAGCUUGCAGCUUGAGAGGAGGGAGUGAUCGAGGAGGGGCAGGUUAGGGGGGAGAAUCUAUCUAUCAUGUCAACCGCUAUGGCCGCCGCGUCCACUGUUGGGGUUGUUCCCACUCACUCUUUUACGCAAUGCUGCAAGGUCUCAUCUCUGCGGGGGUCCAGUUUUCUGAACGCCGGCCGGUGCCAGCUUUCCGUGACUCGCACUGCAGCCCUUUCAUUUCGUCGACCCGUGGCUCCGUCUCUCCGCGUCUACGCUGCGCAGGGUGAAAGCGAGAGGAGCUACGUGAUGGUGAAACCAGACGGCGUUCAGCGUGGCCUUGUAGGUGAGAUAAUCUCUAGGUUUGAGCGGAAAGGCUUUCAGCUCAUAGGAUUGAAGCUGUUCAAAACCCCUAAAGAGCUUGCAGAGGAGCACUACGGGGAAUUAAAGGAGAAACCAUUUUACGGAAAGCUCGUUGCCUACAUCAUAUCAGGCCCUGUCGUGUGCAUUGCUUUGGAAGGACCUGGGAUUGUAGCAUCUGCAAGGAAGUUGAUCGGGGCAACCAAUCCAUUAAACGCUGAGCCAGGCACCAUCCGUGGUGACUUGGGUAUCGACGUGGGGAGGAAUGUUGUCCACGGUAGUGAUAGUCCUGAGAAUGGCCUCCGCGAACUUGGGCUAUGGUUUGACGACGAUGAGCUAAUCCAAUGGGACCAACACAUGACCCCUUGGCUGAAAGAGUAGAUUCCCGCGAUCCCAAACAUAGCAAUAGAACUGUGUCAACUCCAACCAGUUUCCACUGCCAUAUUGCCAUGAUAAUUAACUGUUCGACAGAGAGCAUACAAACAAUCCUGCACAACGAAAUCCGUUUUAUCAACAUAAAUCGAAAAUGGAAUAGCUUUCGUGUAAAUGCAAGGAUUUCAUUGCAAUUCUCUACCGCACGACAGUGAAGGUGACAUGCUUUGCCUUCCUGCACUCGCACCCAGCA